AUGCCUGUCGUACUGAAUGUCGGGGGAACGAAGUUCUUUACCUCACUCGAGACAGUGAAGAAGAACUUGGGUCCUCGAGAUAAAAGCAUCUUCGCAAAUAUGAAUGUUGUGGAAGGCAAGGAAAUUUUCAUCGAUAGGGAUCCUACGCACUUUAGAUAUAUCCUAAAUUAUCUCCGUGAUGGUUACGUGAGAGUUGAUGGAAACGCAGCUAUCCGUGCUCAGCUAAAGCGCGAAGCUCAGGUUGGUGUCGGAGUUUCAACGCAUGCCUGUUGUAUUGAAUGUUGGCGGGGAGAAGUUCUAUACUUCACUCGAGCAAUGAUGAAGAACCCGGGUCCUCGAGACAGAAGCAUGCUUACGGAGAUGGAUUUCAUGGAAGGCGAGGAGGUUUUCAUCGAUAGGGACCCUACUCAUUUCAACUAUAUUUUGAAUUAUCUUCGAGAUGGUGUCGUGAGUGUAAAUGGAAGUGGAAAUAUCCGUGCUCAGCUAAAGCGCGAAGCUCAGUUUUAUGGACUCGAGAGCCUUGUGCAGCACAUCGAGGGUCAGUCUCAGCCCACGACUGUGGAGACUCUCCCACCCGAAGUUUUCGGGAACCUUACGCCUGGUCCGUACUUCGCGAUACCCAUUCCUAGAAAUCAUGAUCGUAACGUUUAA